AGAAAUGGUAGAAAUAGGCGCUAUUUAAGACGUUAUGGCUGUGGUAACUAGUGACGAGCAAAAACACGAGUUCCCGGUCUACUCGCAGAUCUCGCGUGAUGUCCGUGACGUGGCUGUCGCGUACUGUAUCAAAACACAGACAGGCAGAGCUUGGGUGUUAUCAUUAGUUCCCCGUUUUGCAACUAAAACCACCGUUUUCUAUUGGACAGUAUCGGGUAGGUCCCCUCCCGUUUCGUUUGCCUCCGUUUAUGGAACGUUUUGCAACAGAAUUGGCAUAAUGAAUGAGCCCCUGGAAAUCUUCUACUGUACAGAUGAAAACAGUUUGGCCAGCUGUGGCUUUCUGAUAACGUGUCUACAGUCGGGAACGAUAACAACAAGAAACAUACAUUCACUGGACUCUAAAGCUGCGUCUGGAUCAGUGUGUUCAGGUGAUCGUAAUGGCGGAGGGAGGCUUUGACCCCUGUGAGUGCAUCUGCACGCAGGAGCACGCCAUGAGACGACUCAUCAGCCUGCUACGUCAGUCUCAGUCCUACUGUACAGACACAGAGUGUCCUCAGGACUUACCAGGACCCAGUGGCUCAGUAGGAGGUGGAGACCUGACUGUCCCCGUGGUUCUGAUGGGCUGGAUGGUUCUGGUUCUGCUCCUCUUCCUCCUCAGACCCAACAGCCUCAGAGGAUCCCCAGCACCGCCUGCCGGCAAACCUACUGGACCUCACAGUGUAGAGUCGUGACCAGGAUCCCCCAGCUCCACCAGUGGACUAACAGCAGAACCAGACGGAACAGAACCGGAGAGAACCAGACGUUCUACUGGACAACCCAACAUCUCCACCGGACGUUCUACUGGACAACCCAACAUCUCCUCCAGACGUUCUACUGGACAACCCAACAUCUCCACCGGACGUUCUACUGGACAACCCAACAUCUCCACCAGACGUUCUGCCCGUUCUACGUUGGUACCCCGGAACCCAACAGCUUACUGCGACCUCCGACCCUGUACAUCACAAUGCAUUUCCUGUUUAAUGCACUACUUUAGACUAGAGCCCUAUGGGGUAGUGCACUACUUUAGACCAGAGCCCUAUGGGGUAGUGCACUACUUUAGACCAGAGCCCUAUGGGGUAGUGCACUACUUUAGACCAGAGCCCUAUGGGGGUAGUGCACUACUUUAGACCAGAGCCUAUGGGAUAGUGCACUACUUUAGACCAGAGCCCUAUGUGGGUAGUGCACUACUUUAGACCAGAGCCCUAUGGGGGUAGUGCACUACUUUAGACCAGAGCCCUAUGGGGGUAGUGCCACUACUUUAGACCAGAGCCCUAUGGGGUAGUGCACUAUAUAGGUAUAUAGACUGGAUCGGCCUUGUAACUAAUCUAAUUCAGAGGGGAAUGUAGAGACUGGAUCGGCCUUGUAACUAAUCUAACUCAGAAGGGAAUGUAGAGACUGGAUCGGCCUUGUAACUAAUCUAACUCAGAGGGGAAUGUAGAGGACUGGAUCGGCCUUGUAACUAAUCUAACUCAGAAGGGAAUGUAGAGACUGGAUCGGCCUUGUAACUAAUCUAACUCAGAGGGGAAUGUAGAGACUGGAUCGGCCUUGUAACUAAUCUAACUCAGAGGGGAAUGUAGAGACUGGAUCGGCCUUGUAACUAAUCUAACUCAGAGGGGAAUGUAGAGACUGGAUCGGCCUUGUAACUAAUCUAACUCAGAGGGGAAUGUAGAGACUGGAUCGGCCUUGUAACUAAUCUAACUCAGAGGGGAAUGUAGAGACUGGAUCGGCCUUGUAACUAAUCUAACUCAGAGGGGAAUGUAGAGACUGGAUCGGCCUUGUAACUAAUCUAAUUCAGAGGGGAAUGUAGAGACUGGAUCGGCCUUGUAACUAAUCUAACUCAGAGGGGAAUGUAGAGACUGGAUCGGCCUUGUAACUAAUCUAACUCAGAGGGGAAUGUAGAGACUGGAUCGGUCUUGUAUACUGUCCUCUUUCCUCUGGGCAUCACCGGCUGGGUCUCAGUUGGCCUUUCUAGUGCACUACAUAGGGCUCUAGUCAGAAUUAGUGCACUACAUAGGGCUCUAGUCAGAAUUAGUGCACUACAUAGAUUGGGGUGCAAUUUGGGACUCAGACAUUAUUUUGUUAUGGUCAACUAGCUAGUCACUAGUCAUGUAGUUUAUUGAUUGGUCUGAUCAACUAGCUUGUCAUGUAGUUUAUUGAUUGAAUCACUUAGCAACAAGAGAGGGGGAGGGGCUCUUCAGAAUCAACACCCCGACAUUCCGCGGUGAUGUCACAAUGGAUCUGAGUGUAGCGCGUGUUGAUGAUGUCAUAGUGUAAGUUCAACUGUGUUGUUGUGUAGUCAGGUCAUGGGGGUGUAUUCAUUAUGUCUAUUCUGUUGCAAAACUUUUUUUUGUUUUAACAACAAAAACGAACAAAAAUGUUUCACAUCAGAAACCUUUUUUUUUUUACUCCAGAGUUUCUAUUGGACAAAUGUCGGUGGGUUCGUCCCCCGUUUCGUUCUGUUUGUAAAAUGGUAAACGGUUUCCGUUGCAAGACGUAAUGAAUACACCCCAGGGUUUUCUAUUUGUUAUCUGUCUGUUUUGAAGCCGAUACGCCAUUUUGAAAAAGCUAUUUUAUAUUAA